UCUUGAAUGUGAUUUCCUUUUACAUUUCUUGUAUCUUGAAGCCAAAAACAUGUUACAAGUAUAUAUAUUAUUGAUUGUGACUGUCAUGUGUGAAAGUGUUGAUUUGACUUACCACGUGAAGGAAGGCAAAAGACCAGGAACUAUUGUUGGCGACAUCUCAUACGAGCGACAUUUAUUGGACAGUGUUCCACCUCAAGAUAAUGGUGUUAUUACGUAUAGCCAACUGCAUGAAAGUCAAAACGGUGACGUACAGCUGUUCAAUGUCUCCAAGACAGGAAAACUAUGCACUGCAAUGAAUUUAGACGCUGAAUCUCUCUGUAAAUAUAAUACCGAGUGCUUCAGAAUGGUUGAAAUUGCUGUGAGACAAGAAGAAUACUUUUUGAAAAUAAUUGAAAUAAAAGUAAUUAUUGAUGAUGUUAAUGAUAACAAACCUGAAUUUUCACACCAUCAAGUGGAUCUUCAGUUUUAUGAGACUGAUGGGAAAGGAACCACAAAAUCAAUACCAAAUGCUAUUGAUAAAGAUGUGAGUGUGUUGAAUUCACAGAUAACUUAUGUACUGAAGAAUACAAAUGACCCUUUUAAACUGUCCAUGUCAAAGAGUGUGAUAGGUACAUCGAAAAAUGAAAUAAUUCUGAAGCAGGGGCUUGAUAGAGAAGUAAAAGACUUUUACCUUUUGGAGGUUAUUGCAAGGGAUGGUGGCUCACCACCUAAACAAAGUAUUUUAAAAGUACGAGUAACUGUUACAGAUGAGAAUGAUAGUAGGCCUAUCUUUACACAGAACAUCUACAAUGUUUCGAUAAACAAGAAAGAUAGAAGAGUACAGCCUGUAGCUAUUGUGUUAGCAGAAGAUAAAGAUGUUGGUCAAAAUGGCAAAGUUUCUUACAGUUUUAAUUCCAAAACACCAGAUUCCGUCAAGUCAUAUUUUGAACUAGAUCCCAAAAGUGGCAGAAUUUUACCCCACAAAAUUUUUCCUUUUGAAAAGAGACAAACCUAUAAACUUUUCAUUGAUGCCACAGAUCAUGGUAGUCCUCCAUUGAGUUCUACAGCAAUCGUUCUUAUUAACGUUUUAAACCAGCAGAACAAUGCUCCAAGGAUUGAUGUGAAAUUUGUCUCUAAAUCGGAUGGAAAUGUGGUUUCCAUAUCAGAAGGAGUGAAAGUUGGUAGUUUCAUUGCUUAUGUGAAGGUCAUUGAUAAUGACAGUGGCCACAAUGGAGAAGUUGAUUGUAUUCUAAAUCACGACAAGUUUAUGCUACAAAGUCUGGGGAAAAAUAAAUAUAAAGUCGUUAUCAAAAGUCUAGUUAAUAGGGAAUUAGAAAGUCACAUGGACUUAAGUAUUGUCUGUGAAGAUAAGGGAUUUCCAUCCUUAAAGACAGAGAGAAAAUUUUCUAUUGAAGUGAUGGAUGUCAAUGAUGUACAACCAUACUUUACAAAAAGCACAUUUAAAUUCUUAACUUAUGAAAAUGAAGAACCCAAUUUUCCUGUUGGGUUUAUCAAUGCUACAGAUCCUGAUUUAGGUCUUGGAGGACAACUAUCGUAUUCUUUGUUUGAUGAGCAUGGUUAUGUUCUUCCAUUUAAGAUUUCCAAUUUUGGAUUUAUUACAACAGCUCAAUCUUUGGAUCAUGAAAAACAAGAUACAUACCAUUUUAAGGCUUUAGUGAAAGACAAUGGAACUCCCUCCCUUAACAACACUGCAAAUGUAGUUGUUGAAAUCAUGGACAAAAAUGACAAUGCACCCUAUUUCACAUUUCCUAGUGUGAGUCCAUUUAGUUUAGAUGUCCACUACCAUCCGCAGACAAAAAGUGAAAUCACAGUUCUGAGAGCUUCUGACAGAGACAGUCAUGCUAAUGCUUUUCUGAGAUAUGAAAUACUUGGAGGCAAUGACAAACAGUUAUUUACAGUUAACCCUUACACAGGAGUUUUGUCAUUCUCUCGUACAGUUUACCAAAAUGAUGCUGGAUCAUAUGAUUUGAAAUUCAUUGUCAAAGACAGUGGCACUCCAGUUUUAACAGCAACCACUACACUGUCUUUGACACUGACUGUUAGCAAUACAACAGCCAGAAUGUACACAGCUGAAGACACGGAAUCAGACAACAGAAUUCAUAUUAACUUGAUGAUUAUAAUUGUGGUAGCAGCAGUGAUAGUUUCUGUGGCCAUUGUAGUUUCAGUGAUAGUAUGUGUUGUCCACAGGAAAAACCAGAGAGAUGCAAAAUAUGGUUAUGGUGUCAGCACAAAUAAUGAUUUUGUUGGAGAAAGGAGACCAUCAGGAUAUAUCUCUGAAUCAAUGUCAUCUCAGUAUAAUACCCCAGUAACCAUGAUUUCUGAUCACAAUUCAACAAGAAUCUCUCGGACUGUUCAAUCUGGUUACAAGCCAGGUCAAAGUUGGAAAGGAUCUUCAUCUGGGCUGCAUAACCAAGAUGUUACACACCAGAUAAGUGUUCAAGAGGCAGCUGUGACAGCUGGUUCUCGUAAGGAAGAACAGCAGCGUAUGCUAAUGACCUCCGACCACUUCAAUGAAAUGUUAGCAAUAUCUUCUCCAACUAACAGUGGUCAUGGAUCCACAGAAAGAAACACAGUUCACUAUGAGACCCUUCCAGGUGUCAAAGGUGUCCAACUUAAACUGACUCCAGAUGCAGACAGAAAAACCUUACCUCAAGUUCUUAGCAGACCUAGAAAUAGCAAUCUUGCCAUUAGUUCUUCUUACCAAACAAGUCCUAAACAGUUUAGUCAGACCAAUAAUGUUAUAAAUCUAAAAACAACUCAAGUGGAUAAUGCUAACAUGCCUCCAACCUGGAAUUUACCAAUGCGGAAUAGUUUCACAGCAUACAAUAAGCCUUUACCGAAAGUACCAUUUUCGUGAAUAACCAGUUUUGUUUGAACGCUUUUCCUACCCGCAAACACAAAUCUAAAUGAAUGUUAGUUUUAUAACAGCUAGGACUUUUAUUAGCUAGCACCAUUAAUCAGCUGCUACACAUAAUAAAUGAUAUUAUGCUAUAUAACAUUUUAAGACCUAAUAACCACAAGAAUUAUAGCGUUAAAAACCAAUAUUUCUAAUGUAUUUUGACAUAGCGAAGCAUAAGGUAUGAAGAUAACUUCCUGCUGACUUUAAAGAAAUGCAUUGCAGACUUCUUGUAUGGAUAUAAUCUGUUCCAGUUACACAUAUGCAAUUAGAGUGAAAGGAUUUUUUUUCCUGACUUUUCAUAUUAAUAUCUCAAAACUUCACAAUAUUAAACUCUUAACUCAUUAAUUAAGUGCCAGGAAAAGAUGGAAAUUUCCACAGGCUAUAAGAUUCAUAUAAUUAUUCAUUAAUUAUUUAUUUCAUAUCAUCAUUGUCAUCAUCAUCAUCAUCAACAUUGUUGCCAUCAUCAUCAACACCAUCAUCAUCAUCAUCAACACCACCAUUAUCAUCAUCAUCAUCAUCA